ACAAAUCGGCGUGUUAUCAAAGCUGUGCACUCUGAAAACGCAAGGAGAGGAUUAUAAAAAGGGGGGGAAACCUCAGAAUAUAAACCGGUUCGGUUUGUUAGCUUAGUUUAGCAUCACUGCAGGGAGAAAUUCAGACUAGGGACGUAAAAAGAGAAAGAGGGAGAGAGAGAGAGUGAGAGAGAGAGAAGGAGAGAGAGAGGCGCUUCUGCAUCCCGCUGGUGUAGAAAUGAGGAGAUUCGCUGUGGAUUAAAACGCACACGGGAAAAUAAUUUUUUACUCUGUGAAAUAAAUUGGACGGAAUAAUGCUGCCCGUCUGAGUGAAGUCUGUUUUGUAGCUUUUUUCCCUCCUCCUUUUUAUCUUGGCUGGAUUUUGCUCCAUUCGGAUUCUUUUCUUUUUUUUUUAAUAUAACAGAAGAAGAAACUGGAAAAGGCGAAGAGGAAAACUGUCAGAGGAUAUAGAGACCUGGGGCCUCAGCAGGUUUGAUUUAUCUGUCCACGACCCUUCGUGAACGGCUAGCAUGGAGAGUGGCCGCGUGGAUAGGACGUGACCUGACGGAGAGUGUGCGGUGGAGAUGUUGUCUUGCCACGCAUAGCGCUUGAGGAGGGGAACCCUUGCCAUGCAAAGAACCGCUGGACGUUUGGAGAGUCCUACGUUUCGAAAGUGCGACCCUUUGGCUUCGACUGAGAACUGUCAAAGGAUAUAGCGGAUAUAAAACCAGCGUUGGAGUUUGCAUCACUGUGGGGAGGGAAGGGGAAUUGGUGAACUAUGCUCGGCCAGCUCGGUCGGCCCUGGAGUGCCAUUCGGUCACGGCUGGAUAUGGGUGCCGGCUUGGAGCUGCACUGCCUGCUGUGGGUACUGGCGUUGGCACUUCAGACUUGGGUGGGUGCCGCGGAGAAGCUGGACGAGCUAGACCCUGUGGUGACCACGGCAUAUGGCAAGCUCAGGGGUUUCAAGAAAGAACUGAACAACGAGAUCCUGGGGCCUGUAAUCCAGUUCCUGGGCGUGCCCUACGCAGCACCUCCUACAGGGGAGCGGCGGUUUCAGCCUCCCGAGCCGCCUACACCCUGGCACGACAUCCGCAACGCCACACACUUUGCGCCUGUGUGCCCACAGAGUGUUGUGGAGGGCAGGCUGCCUGAUGUCAUGUUGCCGGUAUGGUUCACCAACGGCCUGGAGGUGGUUUCGACCUAUGUGCAGGAGCAGAGCGAAGACUGCCUUUUCUUAAACAUUUACGUGCCCACAGAGGAUGUAAAAAGAAUAUCCAAGGAAUGUGCCAGGAAACCGGGCAAGAAAAUAUGUAGAAAAGGAGGUCCUCUUACAAAGAAACAGAAUGAUGAUUUAGGUGAUAAUGACGGUGCAGAGGAUGAAGACAUCCGCGAGAGUGGAAGUCCAAAGCCGGUGAUGGUUUUCAUCCAUGGCGGAUCGUACAUGGAAGGCACAGGAAAUAUGUUCGAUGGCAGCAUCUUGGCCAGUUAUGGCAAUGUCAUUGUCAUAACCCUGAACUACCGGCUUGGUGUGCUAGGUUUUCUAAGCACAGGAGACCAGGCAGCCAAAGGCAACUACGGCCUCUUAGAUUUAAUCCAGGCCUUGCGCUGGACUAGUGAAAACAUCGCCUCCUUUGGUGGUGACCCUUUACGCAUUACAGUUUUUGGAUCUGGGGCCGGGGCAUCCUGUGUGAACCUCCUCACACUGUCCCAUUAUUCUGAAGGUAACCGCUGGAGCAAUUCGACCAAAGGCUUGUUUCAGAGAGCCAUUGCUCAGAGUGGCACAGCUCUGUCCAGCUGGGCAGUGAGUUUCCAACCAGCUAAAUAUGCACGUAUGCUGGCCAGAAAGGUAGGAUGCGACUAUCAAGACACAGUAGAACUGGUGGAGUGCCUGCAGAGGAAGGACUACAAGGAGCUGGUGGAGCAGGACAUUCAGCCAGCACGCUAUCACAUUGCUUUCGGCCCGGUCAUCGAUGGUGACGUGAUCCCAGACGACCCGCAGAUUUUAAUGGAGCAGGGCGAGUUCCUCAACUAUGACAUUAUGCUUGGUGUAAACCAAGGUGAGGGUCUCAAGUUUGUUGAACUGGUGGUGGAUGGAGAUAGUGGUGUGCAGGCCAAUGAUUUUGACUACGCAGUAUCCAGCUUUGUGGACGACCUAUACGGCUACCCAGAGGGCAAGGAUGUGUUGCGUGAGACCAUCAAGUUCAUGUACACAGACUGGGCUGACCGGCACAACCCAGAGACCCGAAGAAAAACGUUGCUGGCGCUCUUCACUGACCACCAAUGGGUAGCACCUGCUGUGGCUACAGCUGACCUGCACUCUAGCUUUGGCUCGCCCACUUACUUUUACGCUUUCUACCACCACUGCCAGACGGAGCAGGUGCCAGCGUGGGCAGAUGCAGCUCACGGAGACGAGAUCCCUUAUGUCUUCGGCCUGCCUAUGAUCGGCCCCACCGAGCUCUUUCCCUGCAACUUCUCCAAGAACGACGUGAUGCUCAGUGCUGUGGUCAUGACAUACUGGACCAACUUUGCUAAGACUGGUGACCCCAACCAACCAGUGCCACAGGACACCAAGUUCAUCCACACCAAACCCAACCGCUUUGAGGAGGUGGCGUGGACGAGGUACAACCAGAAGGAACAGCUGUAUCUGCACAUUGGCCUAAAACCACGUGUCAAGGAGCACUACCGGGCCAACAAGGUCAACCUGUGGCUCGAGCUGGUCCCGCAUUUACACACUCUUAAUGAGGCCACACAGGUCGUCUCAUCCACCAGCACUACCACCAAGGUGCCUGCUCCAGAUGAGACACCACGGACUCCCAAGAAGAUGCCAGCUAACACCAAAAGGCCCUUUCCCACCCCUUUCCCCACUGACACACAGGAUGGAAACCAAAAUCAGAAUCAUAACCAGCCGUUCCUGGUAGAACAACGCGACUACUCUACCGAGCUGAGUGUCACCAUUGCUGUUGGAGCUUCUUUGCUAUUUCUUAACAUCUUGGCUUUCGCUGCUCUGUACUAUAAGAAGGACAAGCGGCGACAUGAUGGGCAUCGUCGUGGAAGCCCUCAACGCGCGAACGCCACCAGUCAACUGGCUCCCGUACCAGACGAGGAGCUCAUGUCGCUGCAGAUGAAGCGUGGUGAGCUGGAGCGUGAGUGCCCGCUUGUCUUGAGGAGUGGCUGUCCUCCUGACUACACCUUAGCCAUGCGUCGCUCACCUGACGACGUACCGCUUAUGAGCGCCAACACCAUCACUGUCUUGCCCAGCACCAUGCCCAGCGCCCUCGGACCAUUGCAUCCGUUUAACAGCUACGCAGGAGUGCAGCACAACAACACACUGCCCCACCCACAUCCCCAUUCGCACUCCACAACCAGAGUAUAGCCACACACGUGCACAUAUAUACUCAAAGGAUUUGGGAUUUGGUGAAGCAUAUCUCUGCUACCACUGUUUUGCAGAACAUGGAAUAUCCUAUGGGGUUUCUUUUGUCUCCCUUGGAGGAAAACUACCAUUUUAUAUGAAAAAUGCAAAAUGAGGAGAAAAUUGCAAAACAAUUUCAGAUUUAAUAAUAAAUAACAAACAGAGAUGGAUUUUUUUUAUCCUGGUUUGACAGACAAAGCCAGACCUAUUUCCUGACAUAGAAAUAUCACUACAAGUUGGCUUGAAAGAAUGGCUUGAUUCAGUUACCGAGUUACAGAGGCUGUGGCUGAGAGGGCGCGUGGGAGGCCCUGUGUAAAUGAAAGAAAAUAUAUUGUUUUCCAGAGGCACUCAAUUGUUGAGUACUCUCUCUGGAGCAGACAGGAGAUGCUGCUUACGUAAUUUAGGCAUGUUUUCUCCUUUAGAGGGGGCAUUGUAACAUACGGAAUAUAACUUUACUGGAAAAAGGGGGUAGUCAAGAACUUCUUAAGAAUAUGCACAAUGUUUUUUUUUUUUUUUUGGUCAAUUUAUUUUUGCGAACAAUUUUAUUGUAUAGAAUCUAUUUACAUAUCUAGAUAUGUACGCAAAGCUGUUUAAGCUCUGACUUUGGGGCGUCAGUACUGGAGAAUCUGCCAGCAGUUCAUAUAGGGGUGGGAACGUCAUUGGUUUUCUGGCAGAUAUAGCUUCAUCACACAAGUGCUGUCUGUAUGGAGAACCCGGAGGACAAAAAAGGGAAGCUGGAUAUUUUUUAGCACGAAGCGCAUGACAAUUUAUCUGCUUGGUGGCUGUUCUGCUGAUUAAGUCUUAAUUAAAAAGAAAAAUAUUCCCCAUUGGAUCCGUUUUGAGGAAACACUGCUCCGAUUGGCAACCAAAAUUCUACCAAAAUGAGAAUAUGUUGGCGCGGACAAAGGCAACAUUUCCCAAAAGGAGGUGGGAAACUGGUAAUGGGGUGGGGAGGGGUGUCAGGGACAUGCUACAUAGAGUGCAUUCACAAAUAGCUUGAGUGAACGUGGUUCUAAGGACUAGUUUUGUACAAUGUGUCUUGGUAAAACUUUUUAAUAGUGGUGAGUCACUUGCUGUGUGAGAUCCCAUUUGUGGGAUAAUCAUGUUUCUUUUUUUCUUUCUUUUUAAUUUGCUUGUUCGGGCUUGCUGUAUUACAUUCAUUUGUUUUUACCCUGUUUUACUUUUGUUAUUUACUUACUUUCUUUGCCAUAUUUAUCAGAAUGUCCCCUGAAUAACAGAGGUCCCAAGAAGUGAAGUGUCCGGGAACCAUUCUGCAUAACCUUAGUUCUUGGGAAUGUGUUUGGUUGCAUUGAUUUUCUUUGCUUGUGUCCCUUUAUUGAGUCCCCCACUGUACCCCUACUUAAAGAUGAAUGCUUAUAAAUUUUUUCCUGAUGCAGCGAAGCUCUGCUGACAGUGUAGAUUUGAAGGCCCUCUUAUCUUCUUUUUGCCGGCGUCUGAUCACAGCAGGUGCUGGGUUGGCGGUGGAAAAAAAAAAUGCAAAUAAAAAUAUAUAUAUAUUAACUGGGUUGUACUAGUAGAUAAUUGGUUUCCAUGGUAUAUUACGCAAUCACUGGAAACAUAUUUUAAAUCAUUUCCCAUGUUGAUCAGCAUGUCUAUCACAUUCCUUUUGGCCCUAAUUCAGCCAUCGCUGUUGUUCUUAAAUAGGCAUUCAUUAAUUUUUCCUUUUUUUCCCCCCACAAUACCACCUGUUCUUCGCUGAAUGUAAUUCUGUCUACACAGGCAAGUUUAUCCCUUAUUCAGCUUCUCCACUUGAACAUGUUAUUGCAUUGGGUGACGUAACCUGUCAAAUACAGAUAAAAUUUGGCUUUGCUAGCGUCUCUUUUGUCUCUCUAAAACUCCUCCAUGCGUGUGUAUGAGUAAAAAAGGCUGCUGCAGAACCGGUUGACUCUUUGCAUCCUUCCUACUUCUCGUUUGCUAAUAGUGAGCGAUAUGACAGCUGAUCCCAUAAAUCAACUGUAGUUCUAAUGAAAAUACAUAUGUGGAGCCCUUGUACAAAUCAACACAUUGUAUUAACUAUCAUUCACAAUGGCUAGCAACAAGGCAACAAGCAACAGUUCAUUCUAUAUAAGUGUUGUGACCAGGUGUUAAAGAUUUGGCAAAUUACAUUUGCAUUAAAAUUUUCUGAAAUGCUCUCUAAUUAUAAACAAUGUGGUAAAGUGACUUACCUCUCCUGGACCAAGCCUAUGGCACAGGUGGUCUCUCAAAUCUACAGUUAUCUUCUCACAACUUUAGUCCCUACCACCAAUUAGCCUCUAUUUACAGCUUGACCCUCAAAUAAUGGAAGAAAAAACUUCCACGGGGUAACUGUGAAUAUAUGUUUGAAAUAUAUAACCUCUCAUAUAUCGAGAGAGAGAUUAUAGAGAAGAAAUUUGUUUCUUGUAGCAAAGAUCAUAUAUUUAUUGCACAAAACUAAGAUGAAGCCUGACGUUGGUUAUUUAGUGAUCAAAUUCUUCAUAUGUUGUAGCAACUAAAGCACUGUUAAAUUGUUUUCAUAUUGAUAAAAAAAUCUAAUAACUAUACAGUCUUGCACGAUGGUUGCACCAAAGGUUAAUGGCAGUAAGAUUGUUAGAUUAAAUAACACUUUUAUAAUUUUAACAGGCUUCAAUAAAAUAUUUUAUUUUAAGAUUGAUACCAGUUGUGUUUUAAGUGGCUGUUGUGCCUUUUGUAAGCAUCUCAAAAUCUUACCAAAUGUAACCAAUAACAAUGAAGCAUUUAUUCAGAUUUUUAAACAAAUGUCAAAUUCAACAUCAAAUUCGAUUUAAAGGCCAGAACCCAUAAGAAAUUUUAAAGGUAUUUUUGUAGGUAUUUUUGACACUACCAUGGUACUUCUUUGAUGAUAUAGUACUACCAGUCUAUAACACGUAGUACAACAGUACAUGUACUAUAGUAUGGUACUAUGGAACACAUACCAGGAUACAGUCAAAAAUAUUUUCUACAUUAUUAUGUACAAUAAUUAUAAUAUUCAUAUAGUAUGCUAAUAAUUUUUUUCUUAAUACCAUAGUGUAUGUUUUGAAAUUCUUAAUAUUAAAGACAAUAAUACAGAACUGCCUGUAGUAUACCAUACCAGUAGUACAGUAUGUACAAAUAGAUCUAUUAUGGUAAGUAUGUACAAACCCAAAUACCAUAUUACAUACCUACUGAUGUUUGGUAGCCACCGUGGUACCCAAUAAGUUCCAUGGAUUUCACCAAAGUAUGCUGGUACAUACCAUUGUACUUCUACGGUACCCAUUAUGUGCCACAGUACCUAGCAUGGUACUCUAUAAAGUUCUGUGGUGCCACCCCUGGUAAUGUCUGAAGUACCCUAUUAUAUACUGUAUGAUGGUAUGCACUAUAGUCUGUCAUAGUACACUAUAGUACAUACCCUAGUAAAAAUUUUUGAGUUUAAAUGGCCUUGAUAAAGUUCAGUUUUAUUUUAAAGUUAGCUCACGGGGAAGCCAAAGAAUACUAAAAAUAUUGGUUAAUUGCAUUACUGACUUAUAUCUUGAUAGAUAUUAAUAUCAAUUAUAUACACUAGUCCUGGAUAUACUUUUUUUACUCAUACAUACCCCCUAAUCCUCCCCAUUACACACUUUCCCAACUGACCUCAGCGUAUUCGGAAUCUCAGAGCCCUAUAACUAAUGCAGUGCCAUUGAGGAGUGAUUAAUUAAAGCGCUUGUGGGUUUAGAGAGAUAUGGGUUAUUCAGAAAAGUCACCGUGACACACAGGCACACUGCCAGUGUGCAAAAAGAGAGAAAAUAAGACAGGAGACUUUGAAAAAAAGAAUAAAAAAAAGAAAAAAUUAUGCAGUUGUCCCAGAGCCCGGGUGACCUGUGACACAGAGCACAUCCCAAACAAGAUGUUCCCAUCUAGAAUAUGCCCUCCACUGGGCUGCUGCAUUCCUGUCCACACUGUUCUCACUGAGCAGCACAGUAAAUACAGUGCAGGAGAGACUAGAGCAUUAACUAAAGCCCGCUGCACAGCCUCACUCACGCAAUCAAUACAGGUAUGUAUAUGCAAAGCAGCCCUGCCCCGAGUUCCCUUCCAAACGAGACUCCUUUUGAGCAGCUUUUAAAUUUAAUGAGGCGUUCAUACGAGGGCUCCUUCGAGCAUUUGUCCCAUAUAUUUGCAUGUAGGACCAAGGUGAGAGCUGGGAAACAUCAGUUACCAAGGAGAGCUGCAGGGCUCAAUCUCACACACCAUCAACAGGAUGAGCCUCAUGACUGAAUGUAUUACAACAUCGAGUGGCAUUUACAUUUUUUUUCCAUUUUCUUUUUUCUUUUUGUUCUAUCUAAGCUUCAAAGGGAUGAUCAGAAUGCUUGUUCAUGGGAACCAUAUCAGAGGGCAGUUGUAAUGUAGAUUAUUUGUCAUUAUGUCUUUAUUUCUGGUUAAAUAGGACUUACUCUU